AUGUCGUUGUCAGCCGCAGCCAAGCAGAUUGUGGUGGUAGUCGGAGCGGGGCCGGGACUAGGCUUUAGCGUUGCCCGCAAGUUCGCUGAGCAAGGUCAUCCGGUGGCGCUUCUCUCGCGUUCCAAGGAUCGCCUGGAGUCGCUCGCGUCGCAGAUCAACAGUCUUCCGGGCCAACAUGGCAAAGCAGUAGCAUAUGCAGUCGACGUGCAAGACGAAGCGUCGGUCAACACCACGGUGGAGCAGAUUCAAGAGCAUUUUGGGAGCGGCAAGGCCGGGCCUCAACAUCAAGAUGCGGUGAUCCACACGGGCGUCUUCAACCCCGGUGGAGGCUUUGCCAUCGCUCCCUUCCUCGAGACCAAACCGAGUCAGCUGGACGACGCAUACAAGACGCAGGUCUACGGCGGCUUUGUAUUCUCUCAAGCGAUUCUGAAGGCCAUCACUUCGAGCUCGAGUUCGCAGGACAAAGACGCGAAGACGCCGUUGGGCAACAUCCUGCUCACGGGAGCCACGGCGUCGAUCAAAGGCAGCGCCAAGUUCUCCGCCUUCGCAGCGGCCAAGUUCGGCCUGCGCGCCAUCGGACAGAGCCUCGCUCGAGAAUGGGGCCCCAAAGGCGUCCACGUGGCCCACUUUAUCAUUGACGGAAUCAUUGUGACCGACCGCACCGACUCGAUGCUGGGCAAGGAGUAUGCGGCUGAAUCGCGCAUGGACGCCGACGCCAUCGCCCAGGUCUACCUCGAUACCGCACGACAACCUCGCAGCGUGUGGGCGUUCGAGGUGGAUCUGCGUCCCUCGGUGGAGAAGUGGUGA